AUGAAGUUAAAUAUAUUUAGGAAAGCCUGGUGUAUUAUUUUUAUAUAUUUCUUAGGAAUAUUUUUCCAGCUUUGUUUAGGAUCUCCUGUUAUUAAUGCUUAUUUAACAUCAUCAUUUAAGGCUCCACCAUUUAUAAAUAUAUUUUUAGAAACAGUUUCAACAUAUGGUGAGACAUAUUUUUUUGAAUUGCUUGAUAUCAUAUCAAAGAUAAGGAAUGUUACAUUAACAGAAUUAAAUUUGGAUAAUUAUAAUUAUUUGCGUAAGAUAGUCUAUGAUAAUGAGAUUAUUAAGGAUAAUAUUUCUUUGUCAUUGUUGGAUUAUGAAUUAGGACUUCAAUUAUUAGCGCCAAGGAUAGAAUCAUAUUACCAUUAUUAUAAUUAUACAGUGAUUCCCGAGAUGAUGAAUAAGAAUUUUAUAUUGGAAUGUAGAAAUUGGAUUUUAUUUAAUGGACAGCAGUAUUGUGAUCUAGAAGAAUUUUUGAAGGCAAAGGAUUGUAGAUAUGAAGAAAUUGAAUCUGUUGUAUUAUUACCAUUCGAUCAUAUUUUUGAUACUCAUAAAAAUUAUGAUUCACCUGUAGCAGUUUUAUAUGCUGAUUUGGAUUCUGAUGAUUAUAAAACUUAUCAUUCUUUUUUAUUUGCAGAAGCUAAGGCAGGGAAUCUAAAGUAUGUUUUUCGUUAUAAGCCAGGAAAUUCUGGUUCACAUUUAUUAUAUUUAAAUGGAUAUGGUGUUCAAGUUUCUUUAAAAAAAACAGAUUAUUUGGUUAUUGAUGAUAGAAAUAUUGUAGAUGACUUAAAUGAGAAAACAUUUAUGGGGAAUCAUAAUCUAAAUGUUGAUUCUGAUGAUUUGUUAUCAGAUAUUCAAAAUGAUGAAAUUAAACCUUUAACGAAUGCAGAAUUAAAAAGAUUGGGAUUCUCGAUUGUUCAAUUUGUUAAUUAUAGCAAAACACCGUUAGAAACUCUUAAUUCUGUUCUUCAAGAUUUACCAAAGUAUGCUUCAUACUUAUCUUCUAUAAAAGUUACUAGAAAUUUGAUGGAAAAGUUGGAAUUGAACCAUCAAUAUAUUGAUCCAGGAAUGAUGUUAUUUUCUAUUAAUGGUGUCGAAAUUGACCCUUCUAAGAUAAAUGGGUUUUCUUUAUCAAAAUAUUUAAGAAAUGUCUAUGAUUUUGUUAUGUCUUUACAAAAAUUAGGAUUGUCUGCUAAAGAGGCGAAAUUUUUUGUUAAUGAGUCUAUUUAUAAUAUAUUUAAUAAGUUUUUUGAUAAUCGGUUUGAUUUUAGGGAUAAAUAUGAAAAUUCAAUGGCAAUUUUGUGGUUAAAUGAUAUAGAAAACGACCCUAAUUAUUCACAUUUUUCUAAUGAUAUUUAUAAAUAUUUUGAUGAUGUUCCUUUUCAACAAUUGCAUAUGGUGCGACGUAAUUUACAUCAUAUAAUCAUAUUUUUGGAUUUUUCUGGAAAAGUUGAUUUUUUACUUUUAAGAACCAUGCUUUUACUAAUACGUAGUUCCUAUCCUAUAAGAAUUGGGGUUGUUCCUAUAUGGGAUGAUUCAGAAGAUAUGUUUAUGGUUAAACUUUUUUAUCUUUUGUAUGAUAUAUAUGGGAUUAAUGUAGCAUUUGAAUAUUUGUCAUAUAUUGAUUCAGGAACUCGAAAGAAUAGAAAUGUUUUGUAUAGAAAUUAUAAAAUUAUUUCGUCUAAGUAUUCUUUUGGUAAAAAUAUACAAUAUUUAGAUAUUGAUGAGAUUAUGAAAUUUAAAAAAUUAAAUAAAUAUGUUUUGAAGACUAAAGAAUGGGUUUUGCGACUUAAUAUAAAAAAUGAUAAUUAUAUAAUCGUAAAUGGGAAAUUUGUAGAGAAAAAGAAUUGGCAAUAUUCUAUAUUAUAUAUUUUUCCAAAUGACGUUAAUAUUAUAAGAAAAAAGAUAAUUGAGGGUUCUUUCACUAAUAAUGCAAAUAUUCUUGACUAUCUUUUGGAAGAUGCAAUUUUUACACGCAAAUUUUAUAUGUAUCCUACAAAUAAACUAAUUAAGUCUCAAAACUUGAUUGAUUUCAUCAAAAGUUAUGAAAAUAUGGAAUUUUCUUCUAUUAAUGAGAAUUUAAAUACUGAACAAAGUAUCUGGUUAAUUGCUGAUUUUGAUACAAAAAAGGGUAUCAAAUAUCUAAAAUCUGCUUUAAAAUAUAUAAUAAAACAUCCUUAUACUAGUUUAAGGUUUUUACAUAAUCCUCGAGUCAAUAAUAAAGGAGAAUUUGAUCAUUUUUCAUCAUUCCUUUUCCUUUUGAAAGAAAGAGAUAUUGAUGUUGCUCAUCCUACAUUGAACUAUGUUCGAAAAAUUUUUAAUAAUUAUGAUUCUGGUGGUAUUGAUAAGAAAAUAGAAUAUCCACAUUUUAUUUUGAACACUUACAAUUCCACCCAAUUAGCAUUAAGUUCUGUGAAAGCUAGGUUAUAUUGGAAAAAAAUAGGGAAUUUAUUGAAUAAGUUUGGGUUUUUGCCUGGUGAAUUUGGAUUAUUGAUAAAUGGUUAUAUUGUUGGUCCAAUGUCGGAAUUUGAUGAUUUUUUGCUUGAUGAUUUCGAAUCCCUGGGCAAUUUCUGUAAUCUAUCAAUGGUUUCUAAAUUAAAAGUUAUUGUUAAUGAAUUAAGCAUUAAAAAUUCAGAAAAACUUAAAAUAUUUUUCCCUUUAUUGUCAUCAGUAAUACUGUCAUAUCUGGUGCUUGAAAAACAUGAUGAUUUUGGUUAUUCUUCUCAGGAUAAAAGAAGUAAUUUACAAAAUUUCUUCAGAGAAUUAAGUCCAUCAUUUGCUUAUGGAGAUGAAAAUGAUUGUUUAUUUAAUGUUAAAGCUAUAUUGGAUCCUUUAAAUGAAAUAUCUCAGAAACUUGUAUCUAUUUUAAAAGUUUUGAAACAAAUGGAAAGCGUAUGUUUAAAAGUGUAUUUAAAUCCAUUACGAGAAGUAACCGAUUUAUCUAUUAAUCGUUUUUAUCGUUACGUUUUACAUUCUUCAUUGAAAUUUGAUAGCAAUGGUAAUCUGAUUUACCCUAAUGCUGUUUUUGAAGAGUUGCCUAAAUUACAUUUGUAUACUGUUGAUUAUGACAUUCUUGAAUCGUGGAUUGUUACUCAAAAAGAGUCUAUUUAUGAUUUAGAUAAUCUUUUACUACAAGAUUUAUCAUCAAAGAAAAUUUCGAAAGUUAGAAUUGUUUAUGAACUUAAACAUAUACUUAUACAAGGACAUGCAGAAGAUAUUACUUUAAAGAAUGUACCUGCUGGCAUUCAAUUAGCUCUUAAAACCAAAAAUAAUAGCUUUGUCAGUGAUACAAUAGUUAUGAAUAAUUAUGGUUAUCUCCAGUUUAGAGCUAAUCCUGGUAUUUUUAAAAUAGAUAUGAUAAAAUCUCAUAGUAGCAUUUUUAAAAUUUCAAAAAUUUCCGAGAAAUUUGAAUCUAAUGAUAACAAGUUUUCUAAAGAAAUUAUAUUAGACAGUUUUGAAGGGUUGACAAUAUUUCCUAAACUUGUUAGAAAUCCUGGAAAAGAAAAUGUUUCAAUUUUUGAAGUGAAAGAUUUAGAUAGUGAUAAUUUUACACCUAAUACAGUUUUGAAUUCUACGAAUUCUCAGCAAACUGAUGAAUUUAAACUUAAUUCUUUUAUGCAAAAACCUUAUGCAGAAAUUAAUAUUUUUUCUAUAGCAAGUGGUCAUUUAUAUGAAAGGUUUUUAUAUAUUAUGACUUUAAGUGUCCUUAAACAUACAAAACAUACUGUUAAAUUUUGGUUCAUUGAGAAUUUUUUGUCAUCUUCUUUUAAGAAUUUUCUACCUUAUGUUGCAAAUGAAUUCGGGUUUCAAUAUGAACUUAUUACAUACCGCUGGCCCCAUUGGUUACGGCCUCAGAAAGAAAAACAGAGACAAAUUUGGGGAUAUAAAAUUCUUUUUUUAGAUGUUUUAUUCCCUUUGGAUCUGGAUAAUAUCAUAUUUAUUGAUGCUGAUCAGAUUGUUAGAACUGAUUUAAAAGAGCUUGUAGACAUGGAUUUGAAGGGUGCACCAUAUGGAUACACACCAAUGUGUGACUCUAGAGAGGAAAUGGAAGGUUAUAGAUUUUGGAAAAAGGGUUAUUGGGAAUCAUAUCUUAAUGGGAAACCAUAUCAUAUAAGCGCUCUAUAUGUAGUAGAUCUUAAAAGAUUUAGAGAAAUUGCUGCUGGAGAUUUAUUAAGACAACAUUACCAAACCCUUAGUGAAGAUCCUGGAUCGCUAGCUAAUCUUGAUCAAGAUUUACCAAAUAAUUUGCAACAUUUAGUUCCAAUUUUUUCUUUACCUCAAAAUUGGCUCUGGUGCGAAACAUGGUGUUCAGAUGAAACAUUAAAAGAUGCGAAAACAAUAGACCUGUGUAAUAAUCCAAUGACAAAGGAAUCAAAAUUAAAGCGUGCUCGCCGUCAAAUUCCUGAAUGGAAUAAAUAUGAUAAAACGAUAGCAGAUUUAAUUGCACGCGUUUUAGAACAAAGAAAAACUAACGAAUCAGGUGAAUAUGUUGUAGAUAAUAUUGCAAUACCUGUUGAUAUGAUGCAAAAUAUACAAUUUAAUUUUGACGAAAAAAACAAAAAAAAGGAUACUCAUGAUGAAUUGUAG